AUGAGGCCCACAGGUAACCUUAAAUCCUCCUAUAAUGUGGGGGAGCGAGUGGAAUAUGAGUGUAGGCUAGGAUACAGUCACCGGCGGCCUCUGCCCAAAUUUAUUACUUGUCAAGAGAAUCAACAAUGGUCACAGAUCUCAAAUGAUACUUGCUAUAAAAAAUCAUGUCCACGUCAAGCUGAACCCGCAAACAGUCAAGUUAACCUCGUAAAUGGAAGCUAUGAAUACGGGAACCAGAUUGAAUUUGUUUGUAAUGAGGGCUAUUACUUAAUUGGUGAACGUAUUCUGUAUUGCGAACUCAGUGAUUCAGGUAUGCAAUGGAGUGGCAGUCCUCCACGAUGUGAAAGGAUUGUGUGUGCACCACCUCCAGCCAUACCAAAUGGAGCACAUUCUGGCUUUGGCAUGGAAGUAUUUGAAUAUCAAGCAGCGGUAACUUACACGUGCAAUCGGGCGUCUGGACCAGAUGAAUUUUCACUUAUUGGAGAGAGUCAGCUGUAUUGUGUUGGGAGUGGAAAAUGGAGUAGUGACCCUCCUCAGUGUAAAGUGGUCAAGUGCCCAUUCCCAGGACUCACAAAUGGAAGGCAGCUAUCAGGAUUUGGGACAAAAUUUUAUUAUAAGGCAAAGGUUAUGUUUGCAUGCAACCAGGGAUUUUACCUUCAGGGCAGUGAGAUAGUUACCUGUGCUGAGAAUAGUACGUGGCAACCCCCUAUUCCAUCGUGUCUUCAAGGACAGCCGCCUUCCAAUACAAAACCUCCAAUUGUGAGUUCUUCAGCUCCAAAGCCUCCAAAUGGGAAUCCUUCAGUGACACCUGGUGAAAGACCUCCAGUAUCCUCACAGCCUCCAAAUGUAGCUCCUUCAGCCUCACGGCCUCCAAAUGUAACUCCUUCAGCCUCACAGCCUCCAAAUUUAACUCCUUCAGCCUCACGGCCUCCAAAUGCAGCUCCUUCAGUGCCACGGCCUCCAAAUGUAACUCCUUCAGCGCCACAGCCUCCAAAUUUGGCUCCGUCAGUGUGGAGGCCACCAAAAUCGCGGCCUUCGGUGUCGAUGCCUUCAGGGCCGGCUCCUUCCAGUGCAAGACCUCGAAUCUCCAGUAUUUUUCAGUAUACAUGUCUCCGUGAAGGACCAUUUGAUCUCAGAGAUAUACUUGGAUGGAUCGUUGUUUUGAUUACUACUGUGUUGGGAUUGUUGUAA